AUGCAAUGUGGCAACAUUGUCUGUAAAGCACAGAUGUCAAAAACUGUCCAAGAACAAAACGCUCACCAGACACCGCUGUCUUCCAGAGUGGCCCGCCAGCUCAGACCACCCUCCCUGGAGCAGCUCUUCCCCACACGCCAUGCCAUGUCUGUUACUGGGGACAGCGAUUCAGUGACAGUGCCCCAGGCAGCAGACCCGAGGAACAGCAGCACAGUGACCGAUUUCAUCCUCGUGGGCUUUGAGCAGAGCUCCCCUUCCACUCGGGCAUUGCUCUUCACCCUCUUCUUGGCUCUCUACAGCCUCGCCAUGGCCAUGAACGGCCUCAUCAUCUUCAUCACCUGGACUGACCCCAGACUCAACAGCCCCAUGUACUUCUUCCUUGGACACCUGUCUUUCCUGGACAUCUGCUUCAUCACCACCACCAUCCCACAGAUGUUGAUCCAUCUGGUGACCAAGAACCACACUGUCUCCUUCAUCUCCUGCAUGACCCAGAUGUAUCUGGUCUUCCUUGUGGGUGUGGCUGAGUGCAUCCUCCUGGCUUUUAUGGCCUAUGACCGUUAUGUUGCAAUCUGCCACCCACUGAACUACGCACAGAUCAUGAGCCAUCAAGUGUGUGUCCAGCUGGUAUGUUCUUCCUGGAUCUUUGGGAUGAUCAACGGCAUCUUUCUUGAGUAUAUAUCAUUCAGGAAUCCCUUCUGCAAAGACAACCAUGUGGAAAAUUUCUUCUGUGAGGCCCCCAUCGUGAUGGCUCUCUCCUGCGGGGACCUCAUGUUCAGCAUGAAGUUGAUCUUUGUUGAUGCCAUUGUGGUGCUGCUCAGUCCCAUGGUGCUCAUUGUCACCUCCUAUGCCCGAAUCCUGGCCUCCAUCCUCGGCAAGGCCUCCUCCUCAGGUAGAGGGAAGACACUCUCCACUUGUGCCUCCCACCUGACUGUGGUCAUCUUUUUGUACACCUCAGCCAUGUUCUCUUACAUGAAUCCCCGCAGCACCCACGGGCCUGACAAAGACAAGCCUUUCUCCCUCCUCUACACCAUCAUCAUCCCCAUGUGCAACCCUGUCAUCUACAGCUUCCGCAACAAGGAAAUGAAGGGGGCCAUGGCGAGGGCUCUUGGGAGAGGCAGCCUGGCUCAGGCAGCAUCUUCCCAGAGGGAGGCCAUCUGGAGAAGUUUCCUUCAAUGGGGAGUAGCAGGUUUCUUUUCCCAGCCCCUGCUUUCCAAUUCUGGAAAAGCUCUAGAGAAGAGGGUUUCUAGUUUUCUUGGCACUAGACUCAGACCUGGAAAUUCCUCCUGA